ACUGGGGGACCCGGUGAUGUAAACGGUGAUGUAAAAGUAAGCAGGGAAUCCUAGUUCCCAAGAGCUUCCAACAGCAAUGAGCGCCAGUCGGCCGAAGCAAACCUAAAAUGCACCGGGAUGCCAUUUUCUUAUUUGUGCACAAAGGAAAUGGAGGAGUUGCGGUAUCUGAUGACAGGCAAAGGGGAAUAUUUCACACGGACGCUGCGUGAUCGCGUUUGAGGGAUGUGCACUCCGGAGUGCCCGCAGCCCAGGGCGUGAUCGGGAGCAGAGCUGGGUGUGGAGUCGACCUCAACCGCAUCCGCCUGAUCCGCGUUCACAUCCUCCCAGAGAGGUCUUCCCCCAGCCGUAUUGUCAGUAUUUAGGGGUGCAGAAUUGCUGAUCGGGAUUGGAGUUCAGCCGUAGUCGGGUACACCGUGCAGUUCAGCGAAAUCUCCGUGCAUGCACGGCGUAUUAGGGUGGGAGAAACGCCUGGCAUGAAGCUGGAGCAUCUACAUUGGUUAUCAGUCAGCCUGCUAACACAGUGACAGUCGGUGCGGGGUUUUCCUCUUGUUAACUGGGAGCGACUUCCCCCUUCGUUUGUAUUAAUACUGCUUUUAUAGCACUGGAAUUGGUGCGAUUCCCCCCAAAUAUCGGAUAAUCGCUCAUUUCAGGAGGCCACCAUGAAGGAUGCCAUGGCCAACAACAACACAGCCAGCAUCUCGCAGGCGAGGAAAACCGUGGAGCAGCUGAAGAUGGAGGCCUGCAUGGACAGGAUAAAGGUGUCGAAGGCGGCGGCUGACCUGAUGGCGUACUGCGACGCCCACAUACGGGAGGACCCGCUCAUCGUGCCGGUGCCUGCCUCCGAGAACCCCUUCCGGGAGAAGAAGUUCUUCUGCGCCAUCCUCUGAAGUCCGUGCCUGCCCUCCCCCCCCCGCUCCCAGAGGCAGGCCGUCCCUGCCGAACCCUUCACCACCUUGGAGUCGACCGGCACCAGCGGGAGUUUAGAGGCAGACGCGACACUGCGUGUGGUUCUGGCCGGGUCACCAGAGGGCUCGAGUCAGCCAUCUUUGGGGAGUUCUGUAGCUCUCCGUGUCUCCUUUUGAAUCCUUACGCUUCUUUAUUAGACAACAGCCGCCUAGAAAGGUCUUUCGUUUACCUUAGCUACUGGAUCACGUGGGCCUCAGGAAAAUUAAAUGAUUCACCACUCAAAACACGCUCAUUCCGUUAUCUUAGCUAGUCCCCAGAUUCCUUGGUUGGGAUUACCCUCAACCAGCUGACCCAAAAAUGGCUUUUACAGGAUCCCAAUCACACCUGUCCAGAGAGUGUGUGUGAAAUAUACAUCAGUAUGAACAAUCUGGGGGAAGUAAACAUCACACUAGCUACAUUCAUUAGUACUUUAGCUUUUUCGUAAUUCACACUUUUGAUAUUUUUCUCUCUUGUCCAUGAUCACAGUAGUGUAUAAAAGGCAGGAUUUUACUUUGUGUAAUUUCAGUAAUUACAUUUCAGUAAUUACAUAAUGCCAUUACAAUAUGAUAAUCCGCUAUUGUAUUAUCGUUAUUGUGGUACACAGUAUUUUUUGCACAGGAUCUUUCCCUGUUCGGAGUUUAUUAUCCAGCUUUUUAUGCUUUUUGGUUUUCCGGUUUACAAGAUUAACAUUCUAGAGGGUCCAGCCUCCUGAGUGCUGGUUCGUAUUACGCAUGUUUGCAGUGAAGGGUUCUGCACACACAGGUUCAGCAGAACAUAUUACAUCAUUUCAGCAGCUGCCUUGGAUGCAACAGAAAAUGAUCUGUAUUCAUUUGUUCAAAAAGACGCAGAUUACACUUCAUAUACGAGUUACUAAAGUCUUCUUCAAUGGCUUAUUAUCUAAACACAAACGUUAGAAAUCUGUAACAUAUGACUAUGAAAUCUACUUUUGUAUUCCAUUAUCUGAGUAUUACAAUAUUCACAAAGAUCAAACUUUGUAUCUGUUUUCCGGGCUCCAGGCUUGAGUACUAUUCAGGAAAUGCUGUUAUCACCGGUUCAAUUACAUGUACUACAAGUAUUAAAAUUCAGUUUUCCAUACAUGCCCCUCAACUUGUAAAGGAGAGAUUUUGCUAAAUAUUUAUUGUUCCUUUCUCAGUCUCUCUGUUUAAAUACUAAAUAGGCUACUAUUGACUCAUCUUUAAUUUAUUGUUGAAUGGACCUUUUAUUACUAUACAUAUAUGUUUAUAAUUAUGUAUCUUAUGUUCGGUAUAUGCUUGUAUUUAAGUUCGCACAAUUCCCUAACUAGAAAAGCUAUAUUAAGAUUCACUCUACAAUGUUUCUCAAACCAUCUGGCCCAAAAUAGCAGAGGGAUUUUUUUUCCCCACGCAUUUUUCUAAAUAACUGUCGUUAUCAAUGAACUGAUUAUUGAAACUAUAUACACAGUAUUGGACCAUUUCCUGCAAUGAAAGGGCCCUUCUUCUCAUGUUCAUCUGAUAGCUAUUCCCAGAAUGUUUUCAUAAAGCCAUUUUAAAACCUCCCCCACAUCCGAUUGCUUGCAGAUUUUCUUAGGUUGUUUUCCUCUUCACUAUUCCUGACACUUCAUUUGGGCGAUGAUGUGCUGUUAGACUCAUAUACAGUGGCAGAAACAUGCAUGCUCGUCUGAUCACUUAGCCUCCUCCUGUCUUUGGAAAGAAACUGUAGAUUGUAUUAUAUGUAGAGUGCCAAGUACGGCGAGUAGGGUGUACCUAAUGCACCAUUAUAUCACCGUAUUGACCGAAAAGCACAAUUUUCAAGUUUUCGUUGUUGUUGUUGAUGUUGCUGGAUUUGUAGACUAGUUAUUUUUACAAAAAAAAAAGAUCUACUUUGCAGAGGACAGAGUAACAAAUGAAAUGCGUCAUAUUUCUACUGCUCAUUGAAAAUUAACAUUAAAAUUGUUUUGUAAGCUGUACUAUAGAGAAUGUAGCAAAGUAUGAGGCAUUUAAUCCUAUGAAGACAGGGACUAGUACUUUGAUGUUCACUAUCUUCACAUUACAAUGUUUUUAAUGAGAAGCAAUUUUCCUUUAUGAAAAGAUUCCCAGAAAUAUCUGUCUGGAUUAGCCUUUACACCAGGGGUGGGCAAUCUUAUCUAGAAAGGGCCGUUGGGUAUGUGGGUUUUCCUUGCAACUCCCUAAUAAGCUUACUAAUUAGAGGACUGAUUGGCUGAAGUUUGAACAGCUGACCUAAAGCUUAUCCCAAAAACCUGCAUACACACCGGCCCUUCGCAGAUAAGACUGGCCACCCCUGCUUUACACCCAUAUUUGAUUUUUCGUGGAAUUAUACGAUGAGAGUGACUAGAAUAAAUGAUUUGGCUUUGUGUAUGUGAGGCUGUAACAGAAAAAGAACGCAUGUGAAAAUAUUUAUAUUGCUUAGACUAUGUCAACCCUUUAAUAGAUUAUAAAUCCCAGCCUGAAGGCCAUACAUUCAUCAUUUAUGAAAAUGGGAAAAGUUUAUUCAAAUGUUGUGCUGUCACUUCACUUGCAGAAAAGGUUUGAGACACACGUGUGUGAUCAUAUCUUAGACCAGUGUUUCCCAACCCGGGCCUCGGGGACCCCAGGCAGUCCAUGUUUUUGCUGAUGACUAACUGGCAGGUAGUUUGGAGGGAGCAAAAAUGUGGACUGGCUUGGAAUUCCCGAGGACCGGGUCGGCAAACACUGUCUUAGGAAUUCAUUGUAGGGAUGUUGGAAACUGGGAAAAUGUACAUUGAGGAGGACAGUUGAAAGAUGAUUCUUGGGCCUAAAUGUAAAGUGUAAUUGUGCAAUUACAGGUGAAAGUGACAUUUUAUUAUCGACUGAAAUUUGGCUUGCAUGUUUCUACCUUCUUCUCUGAAAGUGAAUAGAAUUGUUGAAGUUGAAUAUAUUCCUUCUAUAAUGUAUGUUUGACAGGGGCGGUUUGACACUGUAUUGUUAAGUAAGCAUAGCUGUUUAGACAAAUGCGAUUCAUGUUAAAACACACUUUUGGCUAAAAUCUCAGGCUUGUUUACUGUUUGUUUGAUUAAACAAAAUAAAUGGAAAAUAAUAAAAGCUAUACA